CCCUCAGUUUGCCCUGCCCUCUAAAUGUAACCUGGAAAAGGAACUAAUGGUUAACCGUAACUGCUUUACUUAAAUGUUUAGCUGCCAGGCUGCCAGUGGAUCGCAACAGUAGCCGAAACAAUCAGUUCUCACACACUAUAAUGCGUUCAUAGUCUGUUGGGAGUCACUGAGCUGUGAGCAGAUCACUCAGCAGGACAUGGCAGUAGAAAGUGUGCCAGAGCAGCUGAAACCCACAGAGUUGCCUCAGGACUGGGUAGAAUGGUUCCUGUAUCGCCUGCAUCAGGAGCCGUGGGCGCUGGGCGGUGCUGUGGUCAUAGGAGUGUUUGUGCUUGGAACUGUGUGUCUGGUUGUUUUUGCUCUGCUUUAUGGAUGCUGCUGUAGCCAAGCACCUGUGAGCCAUGGGGGGAAGAAGAAGCAGAAGUCAGAGAACAUGGUGAUCUAGACGCCUGGGAAGCAACGCGACUUGUGCUCUGUCAAAUAAAUGUUGACAUGAUGAAUAUUUUUUUCUUUAAAUCUAAAUUGACCUGCCUUCUUUCAGGUCGUGAAAAAUUAUGAUGGACCUUUUUUUUUUCUUAUUCUAUGUGCCACAUCGUUUGUAGUGUUUGAUAUUUCUUUGCUGUUUCCAUUUUCUAAAUUUGUACUAUAGAGUUACACGACAAACUUAGUGGGACUACAUCAUUAUGGUCACACCUUGAUUAAAUGAGUAUUGAUACAUUUCCAUUGACAUUUGCUUGGUUCAGUUGUCAGUUAUCUUCAUGAACCGAUAACCACCAGGGAUUGUGUGUCAUUUAUAUCAAAUAGAGAUUGUAAGCAAUAUGGUGUACAUUUCAUAAUUUCAAUAAUUCAUAUAAAAGGUAUGUGGAACAUCUUUUCAAAGUAUUUUCAUUAUUUCAUAUACACUGUUUUACCUGUCUUAAAUGUCUUAAAUGCCAACAUAAUAAAAGUACUUUAUAAACAAAAAUACAAAUCUGUGAUAUGACGCUAUUUUAAAUUAGAAAUACAUAAAAUAAUAAAUAUGUCUUGAUGUAAAUAACAUUUUGCCCUCUGUAGUCCUUCUGUUCUUUACAGGGCAAAAUGCAUAGAUCCAUUGUUCCGGGUAAAUUGCCCAAACAAUAAAAUUAUAUUUGCCUUAAUGUUCCUAAAUGCAAUUUUGUUUUUAUUUGGUUAAAAUAAAUUGAUUUAUAAGCUCACGGCUCGGUUUUUCAGCAAGACCAAAGACAUUUAGCCCAGGACUACAUCUCCCGGUGCAGCUGCACUGGUGCUACGCAAUACAGACUCAGUGACGUUAUUAUUGUGCGACCAGGCGUUUAUGCGACGCACACAGCAAUGGCGAGCGGCAAAAAGAGUGCUCUGCUCUCCUCUCUGGCAGACUAUGGGGACGAUUCAGAACCAGACUCAGACCCAGAAAUCGAGGAUGAGGCGGAGGUGCACAUUGGAGGUCUGGUGUACGGCUAUGGUGAUGAUGACCUGAACCGCACUGAGGAUGGAGAGGAAAAGGUGUCUAUAGAUGAAGACAGCCGAGAAAGCAACUCGGAGAUGGAAGAAUCUGACGAGGGGAGGGACGCAGAAGAUGUUGAGAUUUUAGAAGCAGAAAAAAGGGACCCUAAUGAGCUAGUUGCUCUGUUCUCCGAGAAGGUGAGGAACAUGUCACCUGAUGACAUCAGGAUCCCCCCCGAGCCCCCAGGACGCUGCUCAGGCCAACUACAGGACAAGAUCCACAAGCUGUACGAGAGGAAGCUCCAUGGUGAUUUUGACACAAACAACCACAUACAGAAAAAGAAGGAAUUCAGAAACCCCAGCAUUUACGAGAAGCUCAUUCAGUUCUGUGGGAUUGAUGAACUAGGAACAAACUACCCAAAAGAUAUGUUCGAUCCUCAUGGCUGGUCAGAAGACUCGUACUAUGAAGGUCUUGCCAAAGCCCAGAAGGUGGAGAUGGAUAAACUGGAGAAAGCCAAGAAGGAGCGGACGAAGAUUGAGUUUGUCACUGGGACAAAGAAGGGCACCAACCCCUCCAGCACAGCAGCCUCCACCACAAGCAGCGCCGCCACCGCCGCCACAGCAGAAGCUCAGAAGAGAAAAAGCAAGUGGGAUUCUGCAAUCCCUGUGACCCUUGCCCAGCCCACCCUCAUCACCACGUCUGGAACCCUGCCUGCCGUCGUCUCCGUGACAACCACAGCGAGCGGCACCAAGACUACUGUCAUCUCUGCGGUGGGGACGAUCCUCAAAAAGUCAAAACAGUGAAUGCACAGAAUGAGCAGGAAAAUGACCUCUGGUGUUGUCCUAUGCUCAUUUCAUGUGUAAGGAGAGGACAAUGGAAGCGAUGGACACUCAUUGGAUGUUCAAAAAAGAUCGACAGAUGACCUCUGGUACAAAUGGACUUUUUCUAAAACUGCCUUUUUUCUGCUCCUGGGUCGUAUCUGCACUAUUACAUGCAUAGCUUUACUGAUUAUUAGGGGGUUGAUGGUGACAAUCCACAGCUGGUCACUAAAGCCAAAUUCUCAGUUUGUAGAAAUACUCCUCUGAAAAUCAGAUGCAUAAAAGUCCCACACAGACGAAACACUUACUGUAUGUCAUUCAAUUUUGUUUGGUUGGCAGCAAUUCUUAUGUCUGAAACAGUGAAGCAGAACUAGAGUAUGACAAUGGUUGAAUAAGGAAAAUGGUCCUGAAUAGACAUGUUAGAGAUAUCAGAAAAGUUGUUUAUUUUUCUAUGCAUAGCUCUGGUGCAGUGCUCCGUGACUCCUGUAGCAGUUAUGUGUAAUAUCUUGACGUGUUCAUCAUUUUUGUCAGCCUUUUUUUCUUCAUUGGUAUGUAAACAUUGCUACGGUAAGUUUUUUUACACUUGUACAUAUUGUAUUGAUCGUGAGGAAUAAAUGAAUCAGAUGUUUCCUUUUCA